GCCGUCCAAGAAGCAGCCGAGGGUGGUUUGUUAAUAGAAGCCGAUAAAGACUUUCCCGAACCCUAUGAACGUUGGAGCAUUAUGCAGGCGGUAUUCUUUUCAUCGACGGUCCUUACGACAAUAGGUUAUGGCAAUAUCGUGCCCGUUACAAUCGGGGGCAGAGCAUUUUGUAUAUGCUUCGCAUUAAUAGGCAUUCCUUUUACGCUGACGGUAAUAGCGGAUUGGGGACGUUUAUUUGCGACAGCUGUAUCGGUAUUGGGCCGGCAUAUGCCAAAGACACCCAAAGUUACCAAUUUCAUUGGUAAGACCUGGUUUUAUGCUCUGUCAGCGGUGCUGUUUCUCUGUGUCUAUUUGGCCAUUGGAGCGGGUCUGCUGCUGCUGUGGGAGGAUGAUUGGACAUUUUUUGAUGGUUUCUAUUUUUGUUUCAUCACCAUGACAACAAUAGGUUUCGGUGAUUUAGUACCAAAGAAACCCAAUUAUAUGCUGCUGUGCACAUUAUAUAUUUUAAUUGGUUUGGCAUUAACCUCUACCAUUAUUGAAUUGGUAAGACGUCAGUAUGCCACCAGUUGGGCCAAGUUGCAAGAACUUUCCGGUCCCAUGGCAGAAACACUGAGACGUUUAGGCGAGUCAGCCGGCACUGGCCUAGAUUAUGCGGCAUUACAAAAAGUCUUAACGGUCUCCAUGCCCAAAUGGAAUAUGUCACGCAAAGAUCCCAAUAAUGCGGAUAUCGCAGCACUGGAAGCCAUUACCAAUGCCAUUCUCAAGGAAGUGAAAGAGGCACAGAAUAAUAAACCGAAAGUUUUACAAAUUGUCAUAUAUGAGUCGUCGGUGUAGUUGAAAUAU